AUGGAAGCGUGGGAGCCGUGGGCCGUCGAGGCGGCAUCGCCGGCCCUCGUCCGCGGUGAGCGUGUGCUGGCCACGCAGCACGGCGUCGGUCUAUACGCGGGCGAUACCAAAGUCGCUGAGAGAAGCGCAGGCACCGCGAUGCUCACGACGCACCGACUCGCGUACGUGGACGACGCGCGGCCCCGUGAGCGGUCUGCGUAUGUCCGCUUAGCCCGUAUACGCCAGUCGGAGUACUAUGCAGGCUUUCUCAAGAGCAGCCCCAAAAUUGUGCUGGUGUGCCUGCGCGAGGCACACGUCCCAUGGACGUGCCAUGUCUGCGGCACGUUCCACGAUACCAUGACACUCGACCGGCGGUGCCGUCUUUGUGGCGUGAUGGUGCGCCAUGCACCCACGCAGCGCGCAUGCCCUGUAUGUACCUAUGUGAACGGUGAAAAUACGCUGCGCUGCGAGAUGUGCACCGCGUCGCUCGACGCCACCGUGACCACCACAUGCAAGCUGAGUUUCCGGCACGGCGGUGAGCGCCCCUUUUACGCGGCGCUGCGCGACACACUGCAGUCCAAGCCGUGGAUAGCCACAGAGACCAAGUCGCGGCCGGGCUUACUCGCUGUCGAGGCCGCCAGUGCGGUGGAAGCCCCGCCUCUGGACGCGUUGGCGGACCUGGACAUGCUCAUGCGCCAGGCGCGACGUAUGGUCGAUUUUGCAGAGUCCCUACGCACAGAGCUCGAGCGCUAUGAGCGCACAGCGCCAACUUCGGGGGCAGCUUCCUCGCUUCUGCAGUCCGCGCUCGUGCGCAUAGGCCUGCCGAGUCCCGCUGUCACGCCUGACAUGGUCAAGAAUGAGCGUGCGUAUCAUCGCGAGUUGGCGCGUGAGCUGAGCGGCGUUCUGCUGGGCGAGCAUGGCUUGCUGGGCCCAUGUGACCAAGACACGGGGCGCGGCCUCCUGCCGCUCGACGAAGUGUGGGGUCUGUGGAAUCGCGCCCGGGGCGUGGCUCUGGUGUCGCCGAAACUGCUGCGAGCCGCCGUGACCUACCUACCUGACAUGACGUCGCCGAGCGUCAGGCUGCGCACACUGCGCUCGGGUAUGCCGAUUCUGUACACACCGCGUUUUGACGACGCUGCCAUUGAGGAGCGUGUGCUGCGGUACCUGGACGAGGCCCCCUUCCUCACAACCACGCAGGUCGCAGCGCUCGAGGGCCUAUCUGCGCCGCUCAUGCGCGAGUUACUCGAGGGCGUGGAGCAGCAGACGGGGGCGGUGGUGCGUGAUGAGUGUGGCACCAAGGAAACGCGAUGGUGCCGAAAUCGUAUGGCUACCAUGGCCGCCGGACCCAGAAGAAGUAGUUGCACAGUUCCGUAG